CCGCCCUGCGCCGAGGUGACGCUAGACACGUCGGAGGGCCCAAUUAUGGUCACUCUGCGUCCGGACUGGGCGCCGAUUGGCGUCGACCGCUUCACGGAGCUCAUCGACAUCGGCUUCUACGACGGCGCGUACUUCUUCCGCGUGGUGCCCAACUUCAUCGUGCAGUUUGGGCUCAACGGUAUUGCCGAGAACGCCGAGUGGCGGGACGCCAAGCUGCAGGACGAUCCGGUGCGCGCGUCGAACAAGAAGGGCACCCUCGUCUUCGCCACCGCGGGGCCGAACACGCGGACGACCCAGAUGUUCAUCAACUACAAGGACAACGCCUUCCUCGACGCGCAGGGCUUCUCGCCGAUCGGCGAGAUCACGUCCGGCCUCGACGUUGCAGAGAAGCUCUACGCGGGGUACGGCGAGCGCCCGAACCAGGAGCGCAUCCGGAACGAGGGGAACGCCUACCUCGAAGCGGACUUCCCUCAGCUCUCGUACAUCAAGACGGCGAGCUUG